AUGUCGCUUGCUGGCUUGAAAAAGCAGAUCAACAAAGCUAACCAAUAUGUUAGUGAAAAGAUUGGUGGGGCAAAAGGUACUGAACUGGAUGAUGAGUUUGUCAAUUUGGAAAAGAAAACUGACGCGAUGAUUAAGCUGAUUGAGGAAGUGACAGCGAGGACGAACGAACUGCUGCAGCCUAAUCCUGCUAUUCGGGUUAAGCUCCAGGCUCAAAAAUCCAUGUCAAAGUUGAGAGGUCAGACGAACCAGACGACCUACCCACAACCAGAAGGUCAACUCGGCGAAUGCAUGAGCAAGUAUGGCAGGGAACUGGGGCACGACUCUCUACUGGGACAAUCUCUUGUAGAGGCAGGAGACUCGUACAAACAACUGGCAGACAUCAAGUAUUCAUUAGAAGACUCUGUCCAUCAGAACUUUCUGGAACCUCUACAGCAGCUGCAGAACAAAGAUCUUAAGGAAGUUAAUUUCCAUAGGAAAAAGUUGCAUGGGAGGAGACUGGAUUUCGACUGCAAGAAGAGAAGGCAAGAGAAAGGAACGAGUGACGAAGACAUCAAAGCGGCGGAGGAAAAAUUCGUUGAGAGCAAGGAACUGGCAGAAGCAGCUAUGUUUAACUUGCUGGAAAACGAGGUGGAGCAGUUGCUGCAGCUGUCGUCUUUUGUUGAGGCCGAGUUGAACUACCAUAGGCAGUCAGCCGACAUCCUACAACAACUAUCGUCAAAACUUAAUCAGAAGUUUGUUGAAGCCUCGACGAAGCCGAAGAAGGAGUACGUUGCCAAGAAAUCUUCCUUCAGGCAGAACGAUUACAGCCCUACGACAGCUUCCACACCCAGCUACGGGAACGGCUCCUCGGGCUACGCAGCAGCUACCGCCGCCACCACCGCUGCUGCUGCUGCUGCCCCGCCUGUCCCUGCUGCUAGAGCGCACUGCGAAGCCUUGUACGAUUUUGAGGCGGAGAACCCUGGCGAGCUGGCGUUCAAGGAAGGCGACGACAUCAAACUCAUCUCGCACAUCGAUGAGAACUGGCUGGAGGGCUGCGUGCAUGGAAGGACCGGGUACUUCCCAGUCACUUACGUCAAAAUCAUCGUCGAUACUGAUAACGUUUAUCAGGGGUGA